AGUAACAGCAGGAACAUGAAGCCACCACUCUUGGUGUUUAUUGCGUAUCUGCUAUGGCUGAAGUGUCACUGUGCACCUACUUGGAACGACAAAACUGCCAUCAUCGGUGAAAACCUGAAGAGUUUUUCUGAGGCUGGGGAGAUAGAUGGAGAUGGAGAGGUGAAGAAGGCUUUGAUUGGUAUUAAGCAGAUGAAACUCACGAUGGAAAGAAGAGAGGAAGAACAUACCAAACUAAUGACAACCUUGAAGAAAUGCAAAGAAGAAAAGCAGGGGGCUGUGAAACUCAUGAAUGAAGUUCAGGAACAUCUGGAGGAAGAAGAAAGGUUAUGCCAGGCAUCUCUGGCUGAUUCCUGGGAGGAAUGCAGGACUUGCCUGGACAGUAACUGCAUGAGAUUCUAUUCAACCUGUCAGCCUGGUUGGUCCUCUGUGAAAAAUACGGUUGAGCAGUUUUUCAGGAAGAUCUAUCAGUUUCUGUUCCCUCUCCAUGACGAUGAGCACAGCCACCUCCCCAGCAGUGAACAACACACUCAGGAAGACGCCCAAGUGACCCAGAUGGAGAAGGCGUUCCUCCAGUUGACUGCGACUGCGGAAUCCCUCUUUAACAGGAGUCUUUACGUCUUCAAACAGAUGCAGCAAGAGUUUGACCAGGCUUUCCAAUCCGAUUUCAUGUCAGAAACCAACUUAAUGGAACCUUACCUUUUUCCAGCUUUAUCUAAAGAGCCAACACAAAAAGCAGAUCUUGGCCCAAACUGGGAUAUUCCCAACUUCUUCCAGCUGUUUCGUAAUUUCAGCCGCUCUAUUUAUGAAAAUCUCCGUGAAGCAAUUACCCAUACUCUGCGUGCAAUAGAAGAUUCACCAAAACAUGACGAAGACUCUGACCAGGGAGGACUGAUUUCAAAGACGUUACCUGAGCAGGACAAAGGACCGUGUGGAGAACUUGGACAAAAUUUUUCUGGAUGUUUCAGAUUACAAGAAAGAUGCCAAAAAUGUCAGGAUUACUUAUCAGAAGACUGUCCCAAUGUGGCUGACCUACACAUAGAACUGGAUAAGGCCCUUAGACUGGUCAAUGUGUCCAAUGAGCAAUACGACCAGGUUGUCCAGAUGGUCCAGCAUCACUUGGAGGACACCAUGUAUCUGAUGGAGAAGAUGAGCGAGCAGUUUGGCUGGGUGUCUGAACUGGCAAACCAGAGCCUAGGAGCUGAGAACAUCUUUAAUUCAAUAAAGGUAGUUCCAAGAGCUCAUGAAGGAAAUUCUUCCAAACAAGAUGACCCAGUGGUAGAAUCAAGCAUUCUGCCUUCCCCUAAGUCUGCAUUGGGGAUUCCUCUUGAAGAAAGUGCUGAGAGUUCCAACUUCAUUGACUAUGUAGUAUUGAAAGUUCUUCAGCAUUUUAAGGAACAUUUUCAAACUUGGUAAGCAGAGUGCCUGAUUAAGAAUGCUUUGACAGGAAUAGAUGAUUCAUAAAAGGAAAAAAUAAAACCAGUUUUAAAAAUCUCUGGGAAAUAUGUUCAACUUCACAAUA